AACUAAAAGUAAUCGUAAUCGAAGAAGAAAUAAAGUAUUAGCACCGAGUUUCAUCUCUCCAUUUUUCAUUUUGUAUUUUUUUGGCUCCUUUUCUCUCCACGGCUCACACUGCCUGCAGAUCGACUCAAUCUCAAGACAUCAUUCGAUUUUUGUAGCUGCCAAGUGGAGUUGUAGUCCGGGUAACCAUAUGUUAUAACAAGGGCAGAUUUUUGAGUUUGGCGUAUCGGAUGAUUUGUAGUAUCUAUAAUAUGCUUUGUCAGUGCCAACAUGGGCAUUCGUCUUAUGAAAUGUCAAUGGCCAUGGCUGCUUCUCAUUCUUUUCUCUUUUAUCCUUGCAAACAAAGUCAGAGCUAUCAGUCCUGAUGGAGAGGCACUUCUGAGCUUCCGGAUAGCAAUUACUAGUUCAGAUGGCAUGCUUUCUAAGUGGAGACCAGAGGAUCCCGAUCCAUGCAAAUGGAAAGGGGUGGAAUGUGAUAACAAAACCAAGAGAGUAACGACUUUGAGCCUUACCAAUCAUAAAUUGAGUGGUCCUAUAUCACCUGACCUUGGGAAACUGGAGCACUUGAGGCUUUUAAUGCUUCAUAACAACAACUUUUAUGGGGCAAUUCCUUCAGAGCUGGGUAAUUGCACAGAGCUGCGAGGAAUAUACUUGCAGGGUAAUUACUUAAGUGGAUUAAUUCCAAGUGAAUUGGGAAACCUUUCUUCACUUCAGAAUCUGGAUAUCUCAAGCAAUUCUCUCAGUGGAUAUAUCCCUCCCUCGAUUGGAAAGCUACAUAAUCUCGUUACAUUUUUCAUUGGAAAUCGUGGUUUAUGUGGAAAACAAAUCAACGUGGCAUGCAAAGAUGACAGUGGUGGAGGAGGUUCAACAUAUUUUGGAUCACCUACUUCAGCUCAAAAUCAAGUUGGUAAAAGGAAAAACUCCGGAAAACUUCUUGUUAGUGCAUCAGCAACUGUAGGUGCACUGCUUUUGGUGGCACUUAUGUGUUAUUGGGGUUGUUUCCUAUACAAGAAGUUUGGUAAAAAUGAGAGCAGAACUCUUGCAAUGGAUGUCAGUGGAGGGGCAUCCAUUGUUAUGUUCCAUGGAGACUUGCCACACUCUUCGAAAGAUAUCAUUAAGAAAUUGGAAACUUUGAGUGAGGAAGACAUUAUAGGUACUGGGGGGUUUGGGACAGUAUACAAGCUUGCAAUGGAUGAUGGCAAUGUUUUUGCAUUGAAACGAAUUGUGAAGAUGAAUGAGGGAUUUAAUCGGUUUUUUGAAAGAGAACUUGAAAUUCUUGGAAGCAUAAAACACCGGUACCUUGUAAAUUUGCGAGGAUAUUGUAAUUCACCUACAUCAAAGCUGUUACUCUAUUAUUACCUGGCUGGUGGCAAUCUUGAUGAAGCUCUCCAUGAACGAUCUGAGCAGUUAGACUGGGAGGCACGUUUGAACAUUAUUAUGGGAGCAGCAAAAGGACUGGCCUAUUUACACCAUGAUUGUUCUCCAAGGAUCAUUCAUCGUGACAUAAAGUCGAGCAACAUUCUACUCGAUAGCAACUUGGAGGCUCGGGUAUCAGAUUUUGGACUUGCCAAGCUGUUAGAGGAUGGAGAAUCUCAUAUUACAACCAUUGUUGCAGGAACUUUUGGUUAUUUGGCUCCAGAGUAUGUGGCAAGUGGGAGAGCAACUGAAAAGACAGAUGUCUAUAGUUUUGGGGUCUUGGUGCUUGAAGUCAUAAGUGGAAAGAGACCUACUGAUGCAUCCUUCAUUGAGAAGGGCCUGAACAUCGUUGGUUGGUUAAUUUCCUAAUUACAGAGAAUAGGGAACGAGAGAUCGGGGAUCCAAAUUGUGAAGGGGUGCAGGCAGAAAGCCUUGAUGCUUUACUCUCAGUAGCCAUCCAGUGUGUUAGUUCAAACCCAGAGGACCGGCCCACCAUGCACAGGGUGGUGCAGUUGGUUGAAUCAGAGGUUAUGACCCCAUGCCCAAGUGAUUUUAUGAUUCCAACUCUGAUUGAAUAGUCAAAGCCGAAAAUGAGAUUUGUGUGUAUGGUUUCACGGUCUCCUAUUGUCUUGAGCAAAUUCCAUUUGAAGCAGUAAACGAAGAGAUGUUGAAUGUGCAAGAUCCUCACUCGUGUUCAUUUUUUGACUAAUUCUUUUGUGCAGAUGAAUGGAAUGUAUGGUGUAUUCGCGCAUUGCGCAUAUUACAUUUGAACCUCAAUUUGAGUAGUUGAAUAGAAUUUGAGAAAUGGCAUGGGUGAACAUCCAUUGCCUGCAAUUUGCCAUGUGCAAGUGCGAUGAGAUCUAACCUUCACCUUCUCUACCCUUUUGGUA